AUGGGACUGGACGUGAGCGAACUUGCCCUGGGACUGGGACUGACCUGGGGGGCCUGGCUGCUGGGAUGGGAUGGGAAGCUAACUAGGGGAAGCAGGGCGAUGCUACGCCGCGCUAGAGACGGAGACGGCAAUCGACUCGAUAGACUAAAUGUGGGCAAAUUUAGCCCAGAUUUCCAUCGAGUCUGCCUUGAAGCUUCUUUGCUGGUCCAUGGCUUGAUCUCGGAGACCUGGUUGGCUUGCUCGUUUAGUGUCCACUACAGGGAGUGCAGUGCCAGCUUGCAAAGGAACCUCUCUGUCUCGUCUCCUCUAUCAGUUGUUGGCUUUCCAAACGGUUAG